UAUAUAUGUAAUUUCCGCUCUACUCUACAACAGCUACGAUAGAGAUAAGAACAACCCUCGAAAAAAUACUUGCUUGCAAAGCUGCUUCUCGUCCGACGCGAUCAAUGUUAUCUACCAAUCCGCACCAGCCUUAGCCUCCUUAGGCUCGUAUCGCCCCUAGAACAUGGCCGAUACGGGUAGGACAUCGAGCCCUGCCGCGCCGAGGUCUACCACCGGUCUCGUACCCGCCGGUGUCGACGAUACCACCUCCGUGAGGUCGCGGAGCAGAAAGGCCCCUAAGAGCCGAGAUGCAGUAGUAAGAUCGCCGGGGUUAACGCCCGCCGAGAGUUCCGCACCCAGCCGGGGGGCGAGUCCCAUGCCGUCCUCUCACCUCGGAAGCAGCAAGCUACUGUCGAGCGGGAGGUCGAGCCCCUCGAACGCCGCCUUCUCGCGCGGCCUUCUCGAGGGGUCGUGGGCGCCGAGCUGGGCGUCUGUGCAGGACUUUGCGUCUUCUCUCUUGGAUGGUGGUUACAGCAGCGAACCUUCGCGCCCUAAUAGCCGCAACGGGGACAAGUCACGACCGAAAUCUAUAUGGAAGGGAUUGGGGAGUGGGAUCGCGAAAGCUGGCAAGUCCUCCAGCAACUGGGGGCCAGCACCUCCUUCUGAGUCACGACCAGUUGCCGGUGACAUCGGAGCGGGAUCUCUUGCCAAGCGGGAGGCACAGCUGAAGGCUAGGAAGACGGCUAGCGUAUUAGAAAGCUACGAGGGGGUGAAUGGCGGUUUGGACGUGAGUGGGAAAUAUAAGAGGAGGAACUCGGACGAGACUCCAAGAAGUGUAGCGGAUGUCGUCGAGGAACAGUUAGUCUAUUUGCACCACGUACAGCCCACGGACACAUAUGCUGGUAUUGUUCUUCGUUACAGAUGUCAGGAGCACGCAUUUAGAAAGACGAAUGGCUUGUGGUCUCGGGAUAAUAUCCAAGUGCGCAAGCAUUUGAUGAUACCAGUCGACGCAUGCGAGCUUAAAGGCCGACCGUGCGACCCUCCAUCCCAAUACUCUCAGAAAGUCGAUCACCUAGCUGCUACGCCAAUGAUCUCCGACUCCAGCAGAAGUUCUACCACACAUACCCCACAAUCGCGGCAAACUCACGAUAGUUACUUUGACUCUAUCAGCGGAAAGUCAGCAGCCCUUCCCGCGCAAGAAGAAGACGAACCGCCUUGGACACAUGUGCGAUGGGUUAAGCUCGAUUCUAUCCAGGAGCCCGUGGAGAUUGUCAGAGUAUCGAGGAAGUCGAUGGGAUACUUCCCUCCCCGUCGAAAGAAGAGCAUCCACACGGUCUCCACCUUCUCGACCCCGCGCCACUCCCUCGAACUAUCCAAAGCUAUCACGAACACCUCCGAAGUCUUCGAUAGCCCGGGCCAGCUCUCAUCCCCGCGACAGAGUUCCAUCAGCGCGCGGCCAGUAGCCGCGAGUCUUGGGACGUCGUCGCCCGCCAGGAGCAGAGUUACCAGUCUGGGCGAGGCGGACCACGUGCCGGUGUGGAUGCGGAGGCCGGGAGGGGUCGGGUCGAUGGGGAAGAGCGUCAAGGCGCCGGGCCCGGCGAAGGACUACUUCAACACGUGGGUCAACAAGACGCUGCCCGGGUUCAACAUCGACUCGAUGCCGUCUAUGUCCGUCAUGGGAUCCGAAACCGCACAUUUCGGCUUCAAUAAUUCAGCAGAGGAAGCAGCCGUGAUCGUAGAAAGUCCCUUCGAGAACGGCCGGGAAGCCAUCUCCUCGUCGCCCCGCAACGGCCCGGCAGGCCUCGAGCUCGCCGCCGCCUCCAUCGAGUCCUGGCUCCGCGGCGCCUGGGCGAAGCGCCCCGUCACGCCCCGGCUCGGCUCCCAUCGAAAGCAGCAGCCGCCCGAGGACCUAGAUCUCAUCGAGCUAGCGGAUGCGAAUAGCGACGAUGGACGCAGGGGAGGAGGCCCGGAGCCGGCACUCCUCGACCACCAGAGCUUUUUCCGCGGGAACGGUGGGACUACGGGCCGGAGCGAGGGCGCAGGCGCAGGCGAAGGAGGCACGGUUAGAGGACGUUCGGCGCCGCCGAGCGCGAGCGCGGCGGAGGGUAAGGGGAAGAAAGCUGACUGAAGUGACUGGGCUGGCUGAGAUGAGCCAACAAGCAAGAAAACAAGCAAGCAAGUUCUGGCAUCGGGUUCGAAAGGGGGAAAAAAGAUGCGGGGGAGAUGG